AUGGCAUCAGCAAACAACACAAACAAUCAAAGAGAUUCUCAACCAUCUCCUCCUCAUCUAAACUCUUUGGAUCCCUCGACUUAUACAUUGCCACAGCCUGCAACACCACAUCCACACCAUUCAUUUGACCUAACCUCUUCUGAUUUGCCACACUGCUUUGAAGCAAAAUCGCCACUAUUCUCAUCGUCGGGGUCAACUCCUCCGUCCUUCCAUAUUCUACUUUCCUUUCAUCAGUUUUUUUUUGCCUCUCUAGUUCGUCUCUGUGGGCCGCUGCAAUCAGGGUUUCAAUCGUGUCUCCCCAGUAAUCACUUUUAUCUCAGUUUCGAUAGUAAUCAGGACAUCAGAUUCAGGGUCCUUAAUCUUGAAAGGGUUACAAUUUUAGGCCAAGUUUCUGCCAAAGGAGAAGAGUUGGAGGAUAUGAUGCCUGGUAGUUUAAUUUCUGCAUCGGCAUUAUCCAUAAAUGAUUAUGGUGUGCCCUCAAAUGACAGGCGACACGAAGAAGACUCAAGCAGGGAAAGAUGUAUUGAUUCUGAGAUUUGGAUCCCCCCUGAACCAGAAUACCGAAAGGAUGAUAUUGAGGGUAGUGUUGCUGAUGAUGCUGGUGGCAUGAAAUGGGGAAAGCCAUGUAUUUCAAGCAGCCUUGGAGAAGAAUGGAGUUGGAGCUUCAGGUUUAAAGAUGAAAUGAUAGGGAAACUGACUAAGUCUAUGAAAGCCGAUUUUAAGGAACUUGUAGAGCAUCCUCUUAUGUCUAUGGGAAUUUCUUUUUCCGGAAAUGAUGGUGAUACAUGGGUGGAUACAGUUACAAAUUUAUCAUGGGAAGCUGUCUCAUAUCUGAAACCAGAUGCUUUUUUGGGAAAAGCAGUGGAUCCCAAUUUAUAUAUCAAAGUCAAAUGUAUUGCAACAGGUUCUCCAAAGCAAAGUAAAGUUUUCCGGGGCUUAGUCUUCAAAAAGCAUGCAGCUCACGAACAAAUGCCAACAAAAUAUAGAAAUCCAAAGUUGCUAUUGAUUAGAGGUGUUUCUUCCGAUGAAUUAUCAUCGAUGGAAGAACAGGAGAGAGGUAUGGAGAUGAUAGAGAAGCUCAAUCCGAACGUGGUCCUUGUUGAGGAAACCAUUUCUCAUGAUAUUCAAGAAUAUAUUCUUGGAAAAGGGAUGACACUAGUCUUGGGAAUGAAACAACACCGUCUGGAGAUGAUUGCUCGUUGUACCACCUCACCAAUAUUAUCCUUUAAUAAUCCGCUGAAUGUCCAAAAGUUGGGGAAGUGCGAAUCAUUUUAUUUUGAAAAGAUUACAGAAAAACAUGCUACUCUCGGUGAUAAUGGAGAAAGGCCUGUGAAGACAAUAAUGUUUGUUAGGGGUUGUCCUACGCACACAGGAUUGACAAUUUUACUCAAGGGACGUCAAGGUGAUGAACUUAAAAGGAUUAAACGUGUUGUUCAAUUUGCGGUUUACAUGACAUAUCAUUUGAUCCGUAAGAGCCUAUACAUUGAAAAGGCAGCUGCAACUGGCCCCACUGGAGAGACAAUAUUUUUAAACUGCAAUAAAGACCUUAUGGAACAUAAGUAUGAAAUUGUUGCAGUGUUAGGUCUAGCAAGGUAUUCUGUCUUGAUAUCAAGAAGCAAUUUGAAAAGAGAGACUGCCUGUUUAUCCGAUAUCAACCUCUACCGAAAUUUUGAUAUGCCCAUUGGGAAGUCUAUGAUGGAUGACUUAUUCAGUCAGAAUCUUUUGUGUGGAACAUGUAAUGAACUACCAGAAGCUCAUAUUUCCUACUAUGCUCAUGACAACAAGAAAAUCACAGUUCAAGUCCAACGUCUUCCCUCCGAUAAGCACUUGCCUGGUGAAAAGGAAGGAAAACUUUGGAUGUGGAGUUCUUGUCAAAAAUGUAAGGGUAAUUUAAACUCUACUAAAAGAGUAUUGGUUCCUGUUGCUGUUCGAGGUGUAUCCUUUGGAAAGAUCAUAGACCAUGCUUUGUCAAAUCGCUAUCUAUGGUGUAUACCAUUUAGCUGUGGACAUUUCUAUUAUGGUGACUAUUUUCACUUCUACGGAUUAGGCUCCAUGAUUGUAAGGUUUGAAUACUCAACAGUGCCUACUUACUUUGUGUCUCUCCCACCUAGGAAAGUUGAAUUUAGCCAUUCAAUUGAAGGAGAUUUUCUGCAAAAAGAAGUUGAGGAUGUGGUCCGAGAAGGGCAUUCAAUGUUUUCCGAGGUUGAGAACUCUCUGAAGGAGAUGGAAAACAAGUUGGUUGGGUCGACGUUGAACCUUGAAGGAUCAUGUAAUGUCAAAGAGAUGUUAAAGCAAGAGCAAGAUCAAUUUCAAGUUGACAUGACAACAAGCAUGAGUGUGAAUAAAUGGUUAUACAAGCCUCUCUACUUGAAUCAUAUACACUGGAAGCUUUCACUACAUGCGUACAUCUGGGAUGAGCGUGUUCGUUGGCUUCAAAAUGUGGUGGAAACUCAAACCAGUGUGAAAAAACAAUCAUGUUUUAAGGAGAAAAAAGUUACCGAGUGUGGUAGUGAUGGCGUGCUUUCAUUAAAAGCAGCAGAUCCUCAGGCAUGGAUGUGGAGGUCUUUCUUAGAAAUACAAGGUAUUUAUUUGAAGGAUCUUCAGAGAGGAUACUUGCCAAGGUAUGAAACUUCCAGUUAUAAGAAAGGAUCCAUCAUAUACAAAAGGAUUACUGAAGAGGGGUCAAGACUUCAUUUUCCAUUUGGUACUGACAAUAACUAUAUAGUAUCCGAUUAUGAGGAUGAGUUGUCUAGUAUCAUUGCUUGUGCGUUAGCUUUUCUAAAAGAUCGGAGCAACUCAUCAGAUGUCCCCAAUGAGGAUGCGACAACGUAUCAAAGUUUACACAAGAUGUCCUCUUUGAGUUCCCGAAAUUGGUGCUGCUUCAGCUUCAUGGAUUCUGUUGGUCCUCCAGAAAAUUCUAUUUUUGAUGGUUUAGAAUGGCCGGAUUCUUCAAGUUAUCUUCACCCAGUGAUCUCUAUGGGAAGAUUAGCUGACAAACCUAAAUAUUCAGUAGCUUGUCUAUUUCACAAAGAUUUUGCUCAACUUCGUAGUGAUUGUGGUUUAUCAGAGCUCGAUUACGUUUCUUCACUAAGCCGUUGUAAGCCCUGGGAUGCCAAAGGAGGAAAGAGCAAAUCUUUCUUUGCUAAAACACUGGAUGAUCGCUUCGUUAUCAAGGAAAUUAACAAGACUGAGUUUUGCUCAUUGCAAGAAAUUGCUUUGGCCUAUCUUGCGCACCUGAAAAAAGGACAUCUAUCAUGCUUUGCAAAAUUUCUUGGGUUUUAUCAGGUAACAAAAUUUACAAGUCGCGAAAAAUAUGAUGUAAUGGUGAUGGAGAACAUUACUUAUAGACGAAACAUUACUAGACAGUAUGAUAUCAAAGGAGCUCUCUAUGGUCGUUUCAAUCCUGCUAGGGAUGGUGUGGGAGUUGUUCUAUUAGACCAAAAUUUAGUCGAUGACAUGCAACAUUCUCCUUUGUACGUUGAUAGCAGAUCAUUGUGGGAAUUGCACCUUGCCAUACAGAACGAUACUUCCUUCCUCCACUUCAUCAAUGUGAUGGAUUAUUCCUUGUUGGUUGGAGUGGACGCUGAAAAUAAGGAGAUUGUAUGCGGCAUAAUCGAUUAUGUCAGACAAUAUACGGCUGACAAGAAACUGGAGAACUGGUUCAAGUCCCACUUGAAUGUACAUAAAAACCAUUUGCCGACUAUAGCCCCACCAGAAGACUACAAGAAAAGAUUCACAAACUUCAUCAAACACUCUUUUAAUGAUCCAGUCUCCGGAAGACUACUUGAGUACAAGAAAGUUCAUCAAACACUUUGUAACAGUGGUAACUGUUCGAUUACUAAAUUGAAGAUGAAAGGUACUGCUAGUUGUGGUGAACCAUCAAAUAUUGGUGAAGAAAAGAUGAGAGAGAAGACUUUAGAUUCUUUAAAUGAACAAGCCAUGCAAGUUGUGAAUCCAAUGCCGGUUACAAGGAUGUCAAUGACAACUAUACCCGAUGGUGAAGAGCAAUCAGAUAUUGGUGAAAGAAAAGAGGGAGAAAACUCAAGGGGCAAAUUUGCAAUCAACAUGCAUAAACAUGGUGGUGGAUGUCGAAAAUUUGAUUAACAAGCGGCUGUUUAGUUCUAAAUGUGAAAAAAAUGUAAUUCAUUUAAUGUUCUUAAUGUAUUGUUAUACAUUUUGUGAAAAAAUGUAAUUCAUUUAAUGUUCUUAAUGUAUUGUUAUACAUUUUGUGAAUAAUGUCGAUUUGUUU